AUGGCCGCCAAGCUCUCCGCCGAUCUCCUCUUCCAGAUGGCCAAGGUCCGCCGCUCCAUCUACCCCUUGAACAAGACUCUCCCCAUCUCAACCUCUCGCAUCCACGAGAUCGUCAAGGAGGCCACCCUCCACACCCCCUCCUCCUUCAACGUCCAGACCAACCGCGCCGUCGUCCUCUUUGGCGCCGAGCACGAGAAGCUCUGGGACAUCACCUCCGAGACCCUCAAGGCCAUUGUCCCCGAGGACCAGUUCAAGGCCACCGCCGACAAGCUCGCCCUCUUCAAGGGCGGCGCCGGCACCGUCCUCUUCUACGAGGACACCGACGCCACCAAGGCCCUCCAGGCCAAGUUCCCCAUCUACGCCGACCGCUUCCCUCCCUGGGCCGUUCAGUCCCUCGGCAUGGAGCAGCUGCUCAUCUGGACUGCCCUCGAGGUUGAGGGCCUGGGCGCCAACCUCCAGCACUACAACCCCCUGAUCGACCUCAAGGUUGCUGAGACCUGGGGCGUUCCCGCUCACUGGAGGCUCGAUGCCCAGCUUGUCUUUGGUGGCAAGGCCGGCGAGGCUGGUCCCAAGGAGUUCCAGGACAUUGACGAGCGUGUCAAGGUCCACGGUGCUUAA